AUGAACUACCUCUUGAUGCAAAUAUUUUUGCCCUUCUCACCAAAUAAGCCAACUGAGGGGACGAUCAUGUUCGGAUCGGCGCUCUCCCUCCGCGCGCGUCACCUGCGUUGCCACCACCCUAUAAGUGCUUCCUCCUCGCCGAGCAAACAGCAAACGACGUCGCUCUCGCUGUCGCAGAGGCGUCUGAGUAAAAGUGCCAUGCAGGUCGUGCAUCAAAUCUGCCACCAAUCGACUGUCAUGUACCCACUCCGAGCCUCGUUUCGGGACCGUGCCGAGCCCUCGUCUGGGGGAUCAUCGGGGCCGGGAUGGCUGUUGCUCCCGCCAAGCGUGAGACAUGCAGCCCACUGGUUUCUCUUUUUGCCUCGUACAGCCCAUAAGCUCCUCUGUCGCACUUCGCCGGUCCUCGGCGUCGAUGGGCGCGCCUCCACCAACACAAUGCGUGCCCGAUUCUACGGCCGCAUUUCGGGCGGACGCGUCAUCGACCCCCUGGACGCGGCAGCUCGUUGGCAAGAUCUGCACAAGCCGCUGCGGACGGGGAGCAUCACGCCGCUUUUACUCGCGGAAAAAAAACCUGGUGCCGUCGUCGUGGCGUUGUUGAUACUUGAGCGGCACGAUGCGGCUUCUCUUGGCCUAUGCCGGCUUUGA